AUGAUUUUUAUCAAUACGCGACCAGUUGACGAGAAUGCUCAAUGUGAAAGAAGGGCAUCAAAAGCGCCUAGUACAGCACAUGUAAGCUCGACUAAUGAAGGUUCAUCUCAUAUUCUUCGCCUCUCCUUAUCACUCAUGAUAUUCUACGUGCUCGUCUCAUUGUUCCCAUGCAUUCUGUUCUAUCCGGUCUCGUUGAUUUCGAUGGCUGUUCCGAUGCUCGCUUUGUUUUUCGCGCUCUGCUCAAUUCGUGGCGAUUUCUAUAACACACAAUGGCCGAUCAUGUUCAUCGCGGUCGUCGGAAUUCUACUGAAAAUCGCUGCGAGUGUGGCGUACAUCUCACUGUUCCCAUUGAAAGACAACCGCCGACCCGGCAAACCAGCACGUUCGGAAAACGAAACAAAACACUAUCGAACUGUCUUCUAUAUUAUUUUGGCGUGCGUUGAGCUAUUCGUGUUGAUUGUCGGUGUCUGCCUCAAAUGGCAAUUAGUGACACUUCAACAACGGGAUCAAAUGCAGAAAAGGCGUUCUACACUUCUCUCAAAUCGCCCAUUAUUUUCCGAAGACGGCACUCGUCGAUCAAUUCAAGCUUAA